UUUGUGUUUCUUAGAGCCCCCCUUUUUAGUGUAUUCAUUUUUUAUUACUUUUUGUUUUGUUGAAAGAAUUUUUUUGUGGUAUUCAUGUCUAAGCAAACGAGUUUGCUCAAGUUUUUGACCCCGACGUCUAAUAAGCGUGCUUUUGGAGCUGUGAAUGAUGGUAGAGAUCAGCACGAAUCAUUGUCCAAGAAACCGGUGAUUGAAGAGGCGACAAAAACCCCGCCGAAAGAUGAGCAGAACAAGGGAUCCGUAGUGUUGAGCCCGGAGCAAAUGCAAAAAAUUGCUGAAAACAGACUCGCUGCUUUGAUCCGUCGGCAGUCCGCCUUGACCCGUGUUAUCCCGCCCAACUUCGGCACAAGCUGGUUCAAAGCCUUGGAGACGGAAUUUCAAGCGCCUUAUUUUGCGAAGUUGAAUGAUUUUGUGAUGGAGGAGAGAAAGAAGUUCACGGUAUAUCCCCCGGCGGAUUUGGUGUUCUCUUGGACUCAGCAUUGUGUCAUGGACCAAGUGAAGGUUGUGAUUCUCGGCCAAGACCCAUAUCAUCAACCUGGCCAAGCUCAUGGGCUUUGUUUCAGCGUGCGAGCAAGUGUUGCUGUUCCACCAAGCUUGGUUAACAUAUACAAAGAGCUGCAGGCUGACAUCGAAGGCUUCGUCGCCCCGAAACACGGAACACUUACUGGCUGGGCGAAGCAAGGUGUGCUCCUAUUAAACGCUACGCUUACGGUUCGUGCGAAUCAGGCGAACUCACACUCGAAAACGUCGGAAUGGGAGCGAUUCACUGACGCUGUCAUUAAACGCUUGAGCGAUACCCAACCCUACCUGGUGUUCCUAUUGUGGGGCGCAAAUGCUCAGAAGAAAGUGUCCUUGAUUAAUGGAAAAAAGCACGGUGUCCUGAAAGCCGUUCAUCCGUCUCCAUUGUCGGCGCAUCGCGGAUUUUUGGGCUGUCGCCACUUCUCCAAAACGAACCAAUUGUUGAAGGAAAACGGAUUGUCUCCAAUCGACUGGUCACACUUGCCAGCGGAAGAUUGAAUUACCUCCAGUGCUUCCUAAUUGGCAGUUUUCUAUGAGGAAGUGAAGUAUUCAGGGAAUUUUUCCGCGAGGUAUGUUCAUUUUGACAUUUCACGGGUCUUUCGUUUCAUCGCUACGUUCGCGGUUCAGUUUUUUAACGUUUCGUACGAUUUUCGACAGAAAAUACAAACGGGUGACUCUCGAAAUUAAUGCUCUAUGCGUUCAAUUGGUUUGGGAAUACAUGUGGACUCUCUACACCGAAAGUAAUGGGACCAAAAAUAUAUCAUUGUAAAGAACCC